AUGGAUCUAAAAAGAAAAGGAAGAAUAGCACGUGGAGAGGUUGUGGAUGAAGAUUCUGAUAGAGAGUUGUUCGGUGAUGAUGAAGAAGAAGAUGAAGAUGAUUCUGAUGAAAAAGAUGAUAAAGCUGAUGAUAAGUCUGAUAAAGAUGACAAAGGUGAUGACGACAAUGAUCAGGGUGCUUCAGGUUUAUUAAUCAGUGAACCAAAUAUUCAAGAAAGAGUAGAUGAGCUGAUGAAUAAUGAGCUAAAUGAGCAGGAGGAUGAAGUUGACCAUGAAGCAUCAUCGUCUGGAAAACAAUCUGUUGAUCAGGUAUUUCUGUCUAACCCUACUGUCAUUUUCUUAUCUGGUAAACAACAAGGAGAGGUAGAGGUUAAAAGAACUCGGGCUGAAAUGUUAGAGGAGUUGGGUUUGGAGGAUGGAAAAUUUAAAUUUGAUAUUGAAGACGAAAUUCCUCACUCACCUGCAAAAGAUUUUGAGCCUAGAUACCCUCAUGAAGCUGAUCAUUAUGAUGAAGUGAUUGUUGAAAGCGCAUCUGAUUCAGAAGAAAAUAGGGUGGAUUUUCAUUAUGAAGGUGAAGAUGUUGCAUUUCCUACUUUCACAGAGUUAUUCUAG